AUGCCGACUCCCCCAAUUCCUAAUCAACAACUGGAGAUACUGGAGAAGUGCGCGAGCUACGAAGACUCAGAUGAAGGUUACCAGUUCGCAGGUACUCUCGUUUUGUACCAGUUGAAUGGCCUUUUGUGCCACGGGAGGGUGAAAGGUCGCUACUCUUCGUCUUCGGAUAUCAAUGCAGAGGACAUUAUGAAUGUCAAGCAGAUUCCUACCUCGGCCUACAACCCCAAUUUUUCUAUCGAAUUUACGCUAGCGCCUGAAACUCUGCUCAACAGCUGUUAUAUCAAAACGCCUCGAUUGCUCAGUUACGACCGGGUUAGUGAAGGGCCUCAACCGAAUUCGAUUGCAGAGGAUUUCCUUAAGGAGGCAAGGGUGUGCGAAGUCUUAAUGCAGCACCCACAUCCUAACAUUGCUACGUAUCUCGGUUGUCAAGUUUCUGACGGCAGAAUCACGGGCCUUUGCCAUGAGAAGUACCCUCACACGCUUAUGAAAGAAGUAAACCCCGGUGCUCACUCGAAGAGAGCACUACGAAACACGCGGGAAGUGAGCGAGGACUAUAGCCGUGUUCUUAUGGACGUCGAGAGUGGUCUCCAUCAUCUUCACGCGCUAGGUUUAGUUCAUAACGACCUCAAUCCAAGCAAUAUAAUGGUGGCCGAUGAUAGGGCAGUCAUUAUCGAUUUUGGAUCUUGCCGGAAGAUUGGAGAAAGCCUCGAAGAUGUCGGCCGUACUUACGAAUGGUAUGAUGAAAAGAUACAGCAGUCUCUUCCUGAGAAUGACCUGACUGCCUUGGAGGAGAUUCGCAUUUGGCUUGGUCUUAGUUCGCGAGAUUUCCAAUUUGAUGUCUAG